GGGAGCUGGAUGUUUGUGAGUUCGGAUGUUUAAAGUGCAGAGUUCAAAUUUUCACUUUUAAAAGUUUGUAAAACGAGUCUCAUGGUGUAAAACUGGAGAAUACAAUGUGUCGUUUACUGCUGGGGGUCCUGCUAUCUGCAGUCAUCUGCCAAACCAUCGCACUUGCAUCAGAUUGUGAAGGACCAGAAUGUGGCGGUACUAAAGUAUCAAGAAAGCGGGAUCAACACAGUGAACAGCUGAAUCAGUUUAAUGAAAUGAACUCACUUGCUGCGAGUCGCCAGCAUAAGGACACAAAGACUGUUGAUGUGUUACCUUUUAUUGGCCUCACUGGAAGUUCUACACAGAGUCGUAACUGUUGUAAGAAUGGAGGCACUUGCAUCUUGGGAAGCUUUUGUGCUUGUCCAAAGCAUUUCACUGGACGGAGCUGUGAAUACGAUGAACGUAUCAGGACCUGUGGAGUUAUUCCUCAUGGAGAGUGGGUGCAAAAGGGAUGUUCUUAUUGUAGAUGUGGGUAUGGAGUGUUCCACUGCUUCCCUCAUGUCUUUCAUGGUGACUGUGACGACUCUCAGGAAGUGCGCUGGUUUCCUUCGGGUGCUCUGAGAACAGCUUGGACCGAGAGGCUCCUGUGUGCGGUGCUGCUGCUUUUAUUUCUCAUUUGAAGAUGUUUUUUUGUUAUUCGUCCUGCUCUUAUGAGAGAAAAAUGAAGCAGGUUUUAUAAAUGUAUAUUUUUGUUCAGUGCAGGAUUUUUUUAGCCGCACUGAAAUGUGUUUUUUUCUUCCAGUGGAAGCGAAGCAUUUAGCUGUGUUUAAUACAACUGUUUUAAUGUGAAGGACUAUGAAUGAUAAAUUGACUUGUAUCCGUGUGCAUUUUACUUUGUUUAUUUUUCUCAUUCGAAAGCUGUGAUCAGCCAUUUAAUGUUCAUGUUACCUGUCAGUAAGUAUGUGCUGUAAAACAAGUCAUCUUUAUCAAAUGUUUGUUUGCUAUCCUUCUGAAUUUAAAGACUGUGCGAUAACAUUAAGAUAACCUGGCAUUGUUGACCUCGCUGCUAUAUUUUCCCUUUUCUUAUCUUACACAAACAGUUACCGUAGCCAAUCAAUCACAGUCACAAUUACAGUGCCCCCUCAGACCAACAGAUAUGACCUAAUAGAGUUUGGGA